GGCCGCCAAUAUUGUAAUUGGUGGUGCGGCUGUGUGUUUGUGUGAAUCUUAUUGCAGAUGGCUGAUUAUCUAUCUAUCAGUGGACGGCCCCAACAACGCACUACACUUUCCCGUCUCUUCUGCGAGAGCGAGUCCUUCAAAAUGGACCUCAUUUUAGACGUCAACACCUGGCUCUACCCCAUGGAAUUGGGUGACAAGUUCCGACUGGUUUUAGCUACAACGCUGCGUGAAGAUGGGUACCCAGAUUCCGGGGAGUACAAUCCCCUGGCUGAAAACGAGCCAUCCCGGGCUGACAGCUUCGAGUAUGUGGUCUUUGGCAAAAUCUACCGCUUGAUGAACGAGUCCAAAGAGAGGGACAAGGACAAGGAUUCGCUAGAGUCUUCUAACAGACUGUCAGCGUACGUUUCAUUCGGAGGUCUGCUCAUGAGACUUCAAGGUGACGCCAACAAUUUGCAAGGGUUUGAGGUGGACCAGCACAUCUACCUUCUCAUGAAGAAACUGGCAUUCUAAUUUCAAUCUAGAUCAUUUUAAUUUCACCGACCUUUGCAUUUGGAAGGACUGCUUCAUUUACAAUACACGCAUCAAAUUUUUGUGUGAGGCUAAAUAAAAAAAUUUCAUUUUCUAUAACU